ACAAUACUCAUACUCAGUUCAUAGCCAUGACACGUCAAAAAGUAGCUCUUAUAACUGGCGCCUCUUCAGGUAUUGGGCAUGCCACUGCAAUUGAGUUUGCCAAACGGGGAUACAAAACCUACGCAUGUGCCCGGCGCUUGGAGCCCAUGGAACCCCUUAAAAGAGAAGGUAUCAUCACAGUCACGUGCGACGUCACGCUGGGCGAAAGUGUGGCCUUAUUACGUGACCGCAUAGCUCAAGAAAACGAUGGUUUUCUCGAUGUGUUGUUCAACAAUGCCGGCCAAUCUUGCUCGUUCCCUGCUAUCGAUGUCUCGGACGACAACGUCGCCAAGUGCUUUCAGGUCAAUGUUUUUGCGCCGGUAAGAUUGACCCGCGAAUUUGCCGCCUUGCUUAUUAAGGCUAAGGGUACAGUUGGGUUCACAGGCAGCGUAGCAGGUCUCGUUGCAUUCCCAUUUUCUAGUAUAUAUGCAGCGUCUAAGGCAGCGAUCCACCAGUACGUGGCAACUCUUCGCUUGGAGAUGAAGCCGUUUGGCGUCAAGGUCUUGAACUUUGUCACGGGCGGAGUCAACACCAACAUUGCCGACACACGUGACUUGCCCGAGGACUCGUGGUAUCAGGUGCCUGGAAUCCAGGAGGCGUUUAGCGAGCGGAGAGAAAUGGCUAAAAGAAAUCACCCCAUGUCUGUUGAGAAGUAUGCAUUCCAGGUGGUGAACGAUUUUGAGAGACAGACUUUGGGCGGGAGACUCAAUUUGUACAGGGGCCUGAUGGCCGUCUUGUUGGGUGGAAUUUUGCCCUGGUUCCCUCGCUUCAUUGUGGAAAAGAUUUUUGUGACGAAGUUCAAGUUGGCUGGUGUUUUCAAUUUCAUCACGGAGAAAUACGCUAAAACAAAGCUCGCCUAA